AAGAGGGGCAGCAGUGAGGCACUUUGAUAAAACCAGGCUGUCAGCACCGUGUGGAGCCACAGAGAGCUGCGCCACGGUGAGGCAGGACACGGCACGGUAGCGCGGAAGACUGGACCGGGUGAAUGCAGUUUUCAACACAGGACACUGCUGCAGACAUUUUCGGAGAUAAGAGGACGUUCCGAGUAAUCUUCAUCCGGACAGGGAAGAGGAAUUUGGCUCACCACAUCAAUUUGUUUCCGUAAUUCGCGGGAAGAAAAUCCUAACAGGGGCCAGGGGGACACGUUUAGACCGCGGUCAAUAGCUGUCGAUAGCUAUCCGAGUGUGAAUGCACAGCUCUCAGUUGGUAAACUCCUUAUUCCUUUGAAAGUAUCGACAGUUUUAAAGAGCCAGAAGGUACCAUAGGGCAGUAUUUUGUGAAGCCGUCUGUCCGCCAUGGAGAACGCACACACGAAGAGUGUGGAAGAAGUUUACAGUUAUUUCUGCGUCAAUGAAAGCACAGGACUUUCCCUGGACGAGGUGAAACGUCAGAAGGAGAAAUGGGGCCUAAACGAGUUACCAGCAGAGGAAGGGAAAUCUUUGUGGGAGCUUGUCCUUGAACAAUUUGAAGAUUUACUUGUUCGAAUUCUUCUGCUGGCCGCAUGUAUAUCUUUUGUCCUGGCCUGGUUUGAGGAGGGAGAAGAAACUAUCACAGCCUUUGUGGAGCCUUUUGUAAUUUUACUCAUUCUUAUAGCCAACGCCAUCGUCGGUGUGUGGCAGGAACGCAAUGCUGAGGAUGCCAUUGAGGCACUUAAGGAGUAUGAGCCCGAGAUGGGAAAAGUGUACCGGCAGGACAGGAAAACUGUGCAGAGGAUCAAGGCCAGAGACAUUGUGCCUGGUGACAUCGUAGAGGUUGCUGUUGGAGAUAAGGUGCCUGCUGACAUCCGUAUCUGUUCAAUCAAAUCAACAACUCUGAGGGUAGACCAGUCCAUUCUGACCGGUGAAUCUGUCUCUGUCAUCAAACACACCGACCCUGUGCCCGACCCUCGUGCUGUCAAUCAGGACAAGAAGAACAUGCUCUUCUCUGGUACCAACAUUGCUGCUGGGAAGGCUGUGGGUGUGGUCGUGUCCACCGGUGUUAACACAGAGAUCGGUAAGAUCCGUGACGAGAUGGUGGCCACAGAGCAGGAGAAGACACCCCUGCAGCAGAAGCUGGAUGAGUUUGGCGAGCAGCUGUCCAAGGUCAUCUCCCUCAUCUGCAUCGCCGUGUGGAUCAUCAACAUCGGCCACUUCAGCGACCCCGUCCACGGAGGCUCCUGGAUCCGCGGGGCCGUCUACUACUUCAAGAUCGCCGUGGCGCUGGCCGUGGCUGCCAUCCCCGAGGGUCUUCCUGCUGUCAUCACCACCUGCCUGGCCCUGGGCACUCGCCGCAUGGCCAAGAAGAACGCCAUUGUCCGCAGCCUGCCAUCCGUGGAGACCCUGGGCUGCACCUCUGUCAUCUGCUCUGACAAGACGGGAACCCUGACCACCAACCAGAUGUCUGUCUGCAGAAUGUUCACUAUCAACAAAGCUGAAGGUGACAGCUGCUCUCUGUCAGAGUUCACCAUCACAGGUUCUACCUACGCACCUGAGGGAGAAGUGUACCAGGAUGGUAAACCAGUGAAAAGCUCCCAGUAUGAUGCCCUGGUUGAACUGGCUACCAUCUGUGCCCUGUGUAAUGACUCCUCUCUGGAUUUCAACGAGGUGAAGGGUGUGUACGAGAAGGUCGGUGAGGCCACAGAGACCGCGCUGACCUGUCUGGUGGAGAAGAUGAACGUCUUUGACACUGAAGUCCACAACCUGUCCAAGAUUGACAGAGCUAACGCCUGCAACUCAGUGAUCAAGCAGCUGAUGAGGAAGGAGUUCACACUGGAGUUCUCCAGAGACAGGAAGUCCAUGUCUGUCUACUGCACCCCCAACAAGUCUCGUUCAUCCAUAGGCAAGAUGUUUGUCAAGGGGGCCCCGGAGGGAGUCAUUGAGAGAUGCACUCACGUCAGAGUUGGCAACAGCAAAGUUCCCCUCAGCAAAGGUAUCAAGGAAAAGAUCAUGUCUGUGAUCCGUGAGUACGGGACAGGUCGUGACACCCUAAGGUGCCUGGCUCUGGCCACACGAGACAGCCCACCCAAAAUGGAGGACAUGAUACUGUCCGACGCUGCUAAAUUCGCAGCGUACGAGUCCGACCUGACCUUCGUCGGCUGCGUCGGCAUGCUGGACCCUCCCAGACAGGAGGUGGCUGCCUCCAUCACGCUGUGCCGCCAGGCCGGCAUCCGCGUCAUCAUGAUCACUGGGGACAACAAGGGCACAGCUGUGGCUAUCUGCCGCCGCAUUGGCAUCCUGACCGAUGAGGAUGAUGUGGAGCGCAUGGCCUUCACCGGACGAGAGUUUGACGAACUCUCACCCUACGAUCAGCGUGAGGCUGUGACUCACGCUCGCUGUUUCGCCCGUGUCGAGCCUUCCCACAAGUCCAAAAUUGUCGAGUUCCUGCAGGGAUUUGACGAGAUCACUGCCAUGACAGGUGAUGGAGUGAACGAUGCCCCUGCCUUGAAGAAGGCAGAGAUUGGCAUCGCCAUGGGCUCUGGCACUGCUGUGGCCAAGUCUGCUUCUGAGAUGGUCCUCGCCGACGACAACUUUUCUUCCAUCGUGGCCGCCGUUGAAGAAGGCAGAGCUAUUUACAAUAACAUGAAGCAAUUUAUCAGAUACCUUAUCUCCUCCAACGUGGGGGAGGUCGUCUGCAUCUUCCUUACUGCGGCGCUGGGCUUUCCCGAGGCUCUGAUCCCAGUUCAGCUGCUGUGGGUGAACCUGGUGACUGACGGCCUCCCUGCCACCGCUCUGGGCUUCAAUCCCCCAGAUCUCGACAUCAUGGAGAAGCCCCCUCGUAACGCUAAGGAGCCCCUCAUCUCUGGCUGGCUCUUCUUCAGAUACCUGGCCAUUGGAGGCUAUGUGGGCGCAGCCACAGUGGGAGCUGCUGCCUGGUGGUUUACUGUCUCUGAAGAUGGACCUCAACUCACUCUGUACCAGCUGAGCCACUUCCUUCAGUGCGCCCCAGACAACCCAGAGUUCGAUGGCCUGGACUGCCACGUGUUUGAGUCGCCGUACCCAAUGACCAUGGCCCUGUCUGUGCUCGUCACCAUUGAGAUGUGCAAUGCUCUCAACAGUCUGUCGGAGAACCAGUCCCUGCUGCGGAUGCCUCCUUGGGAGAACAUUUGGCUCCUGGGGGCCAUCUGCCUUUCCAUGUCCCUCCAUUUCCUCAUCCUCUAUGUGGAACCUCUGCCUGUCAUCUUUCAGAUCACCCCUCUGGAUAUGACCCAGUGGAUGAUGGUGCUGAAGAUCUCCCUGCCUGUCAUCCUGCUGGACGAGCUGCUGAAGUUUAUGGCCAGGCACUACUCGGACUUUGGUAAACAGCUGGAGAAGCCGGCCAGCAAAGGCUGCUCUCUGUCUGCAUGCACCGAGGGCAUCUCCUGGCCCUUCGUUGCCAUCUCUCUGCCCCUGUUGCUGUGGAUCUACAGCACCGACACUAACGUGUCCGCCAUGUUGUGGCCCUGACUGACUCCAGUACACUACCCUCCCUGUGCACCAGUGUGAAGUGGACAUUAACACACACAUCUAACACAGUUGCAUUAACUCGGAACAACUCACAGUCAACACUUGCACCUGCUCUGACAGUCUGUCUGCUGUCAGAUCUUUUGUAUUUAGGACAUUUUCACCAACACAUGUUUUUUUGGGGGGGGGGGGUUUAGUCAUAUUUUAAUGACUUUGACUGGUAUUUUGUCAAUGUGUUUUUAUUUUACCAUCACGCUUUUCUCUCUUUUGAUCCCCAGUUUUGAACAGUUAGAGAUGCCCACGUGUCGGAGCUGCGUGUUGAGCUGUACAGAGAAUUUACACUAUUUUAUAAUAAUUAAUAUUUUGUAAUUUUUGGGAGGGGCUGUGGGAACAAGAAUGCUGGGCGUGAAGAGGUUGUAAUUCUAAGGACCGUAUAGUACAAUACUAAUUUGGGGCAAGACUUGAAUAUAUUUGCCCUGGCAUGAAUCUCCUAUAGUAAUUUUUGAGCUCCAUGCAUAAUCAUACAUUAUUUUCUGCAUUAGGCAGAACACAGCUACCUCAAUGCUGUUAAUAUGACCAUUACUACACAUUUGUCUUAACAACCAUUUCAUAGAUUAUCAUUUGAAGUGUUGAGGUAAGCACCAAUUUGUUUUGCAGUAGAGACAAAGCCCUCACACACAUUUUAAUGUUGUUAUAUAUUUUUCUGUUCUGUUAAUGGGGGAAGAGAGGGCAAAGAUAUGUUACCAGUUUGAUUCAGAGCAAUUUUUGAUAAAGCUUGUUGUUAAAUUUGUUUACUUGAAGAAAACACAUUUGUCUUGAUUUUAUUUUUAUUCAGUCUUAAUUUUGCAUCUUAACCGUAAUCUUUCUAAUGUAUGUAUAAUGUGCACAUACUGUACUUGAAUAUGUAAAAAGGCACCAAGAAAAUGUUAGUCUUAUUAACUGAGCACAACAUGGAAGACUGGCCAUUGGAAGAGUCUGUAUAUCUGUACAUAGCACACACAGUAAAAUCUCUGUAUAGAUUUUUUGUUGUUGCUGUCAAAAUACUCCACACAUUAACACUAGUUUACUUAAGCGUGGUUAGCCUUUCUGCAUGCCUGCUCCAAUAAUACCAGGCCAGUGAGCACUGAGUUAUUUUAGUUUUAAAGCUAACUGUUGUUUCUUCCAAUGCCUUCCACCUGUUUACCUGCAGAGUGAGUACACUUGACCUGCAUGCCAACCAGCACUCAUCUUUAUGUGGUUGCACACGCAGCUUUGCUGUUUGUCAUUGCUCAUAUGAAAAUGACAGCUACUCAUAUUUGAUAGGACUAGCAGUUUUUUAUUUUUAUUUUUUUUUAAUAUACUUUCAAUGGUGCAAGAGAAGGAGGAGAAAAAAUAAGGUGUUUGAGAGUUUGUUAGUUUGAAAAUGCCUUCAAUGUCACCAAGUGCCAGGUACACGCUGAUUUGAAAUAGGAGCCUUUUGCAUUUGAAACUGGCAGAGUGUCACUGGUGCCGGUUAUUAUUGACUGUAGACUGGCAGCAUGUUUUGGCAACUGGCAGACACACUGACAUUUAAGUGCCCCCAUACCAUUACAGGACAUGGUGUCAUUGUUUCUUUUUAUUUAUACAUGUCUUUUGACCUAAUCUUCUGCUUGCCCAUAGCAUGACCUUAAUAUAUUUGCUCUUUUCAUGAAAAGAGGUACUGAUGAAUUUAAAUUAUUUGCUGCUCAGAUGCUUUUACCUUGGCCUAUGAUUCUUGUGUCCACUGAUUUGAUUCUUCCUCUCUUCUUUUUCUUUGCAGCAAAGGCCAAGUAAGCCCACCUCUACUCUAAAUUCCUUGCAGAAACUUUGGUUUUGUUUUGUGUUGUGCAUGUGUGUUUUGGGCAGCACAUCUUACAAGAGCUGCAUGUCAGUUAAGUAAUAGAAAGACAGAGGCUCAUAAAGUUCAUACAUCAUUUUUAUAGAAUGGCCAUAAAUAAAUGUCCGAUGAAAACUAGCCAAUCCCACCUCACCUGUCCUUCCAUCCUCCUGCAUGAAGAGCCUUAGAUUACGAUACAAUUCUCAUGCCAUCUUUUUAGACGAAGAUCUUAGGACCGUGUACAGUAAACUGUACUGUAUUUCAUGGUGCAUGUCCGUUGAAUCAGCCAUCUGUUUUACCAGACUUGUGUAAUAGACAAUGUAUAGUAUUGGUAAAUAGAAUAGACAUUCGUCAGAUAGUACAAAUGUUAAAUAAGCUCAAAAAAACAGUUCAUCUUUCCUAAGGAAAUACUUUUAUGGGAUAUUUAAAAACCAAACAGCCUUUUAUUUUGCUUUGCACUGAGAUGUGCAACAUGUUUGGAGCAGAUUUUGCCAUAUCCGUGAAGGCGGACGUGCAGCGGUGCAGUGAUGCACACGUUUUACCAUGAGAACGGCAGGCAGUCCCUCCACUGGCAUUUUUUGUCAAACUGCUGUACUGUAUUUUCAGAGAUGAUUGUACAAUGUAUCACAUGAACUUUGGUUUCAGGUAAAUAAAACUGUCAUACAUGAA